AUCGUUCGCAUGAUGAUUUGUUUGGUUUUUGUUUACCACUUCUCAGUUCCUCUCCUUUUGAGAAUUCAAAUUCUAAAGGCCUCGGCCUCCACGGUUUGAAACCAGUUGACUAACCAAAAUCUGCUCUCAAUUUCUCAAGCAGUUGUUGAAGAAUCAAUUUUUUCCCAGGAGCAACCGCAAGCCACUUGAUACAAGAUGUGUCUGCAAAGCAAGGUUGUCGAGAUCAUCGAUCUCGAGGCGCGGUCCCGAGGCGUUCCCAUGCAGAAGUGUCCCUAUGGGACUAUUCCCGUGCCAGCGCAUGUGGUGCAGUUUUCGAUGGCCGAUGAACAAAGUCCGGAACACAAAGACGGCGUCGAAAUGUUGGCAGCGCAGGCACAAAAGCUCGCCCGGAUGUUGACACCGGAACAGGAAUAUGGGCGCGACGUCGCGACCAUCGUGUUUUUCUCGGCGCUUCUCCUCUUCUGGCUAGUGGUUUGCGGAGUUGCCAUGGCGAUGGAGUUGGUGUUGUGGAAUUUUUAGCUGCAGGCGGGUGAUGACGACCUCAUGACCUGGUACGCAGAUGCCGCUGGCGACACCCUGUCCCGUUCUUGCGACUCGAAUGUCAGUGCUCUCGAUUGCUGGUACAGCGACGAGCUGGAGUCAACUGCGAGUGACGUCUCGGGAAGCACGCAUGCCACGACGUGGACCAACGUCAGCCACGGGCGAUGGCUCAAGCAGUAAAAGGAAGACCUCCAAGAACAUAAGUAUUCACAGCUAAAAAAGUGAUGUUUCUCAUGAUUUUCUCUAAGCAUCUUCACAGCACUCACCACACUUUCUCUACACAUUACAGUUUCGCACAGCAAAUAUCUCUCCGCAUAGUACAACACGUUUAUUCACAUCAGGUACCCGAUCCUUUUGGUAGCCUCAUGAAAGACAGAUGCGCCCUUUUCGAAUUUGUUUUUACACGCAAACAAGAACUACGCGAAAGCGUUUGCCUACCCAUCAUUUUCUCCUUGAGACCCAGAAUAUUCACCAUACUUCUCCAGUGGAGACGGUCCUCAUGCACGUGUACAUAAGAGCCUCUGAAAGCAUUCCACGCCUAACAAGGAUGUUGCCACUAGCUGUAUUUCUGAUGUUUCAAGAAUU